CUGGACGCGCACUCGCGCCGCGCAGACACACACCGGCAUCCAGCGACAGAGCACAGAGCCCAGAACCGGGAGAAAACACAACCAUGAGGGAAAUAGUUCACAUCCAGGCGGGACAGUGCGGGAACCAGAUCGGAACCAAGUUCUGGGAAGUGAUCAGUGAUGAGCACGGCAUCGACGCUGCAGGAAACUACGUGGGUGACUCGACUCUUCAGCUGGACAGGAUCAACGUCUACUACAAUGAAGCAUCCUCACAUAAAUAUGUCCCCCGGGCCGUGUUGGUGGACCUGGAACCAGGAACCAUGGACAGCGUUCGUUCUGGGACCUUUGGACAGCUCUUCAGACCAGACAACUUCAUCUUUGGUCAGACAGGUGCUGGGAACAACUGGGCCAAAGGUCACUACACAGAGGGGGCGGAGCUAGUGGACUCGGUCCUGGAUAUAGUGAGGAAGGAAUGUGAACACUGCGACUGUCUGCAGGGCUUCCAGAUGACUCAUUCACUGGGAGGGGGCACCGGCUCAGGUAUGGGCACUCUGCUGAUCAGCAAGAUCAGGGAGGAGUACCCCGACCGCAUCAUGAACACCUUCAGCGUCAUGCCCUCCCCGAAGGUGUCAGACACGGUGGUGGAGCCCUACAACGCCACCCUGUCGGUUCAUCAGCUGGUGGAAAACACAGAUGAGACCUACUGCAUAGACAACGAGGCCCUUUAUGACAUCUGCUUCCGUACCCUAAAACUCACAACGCCCACCUACGGCGACCUCAACCACCUGGUGUCAGCCACCAUGAGCGGUGUGACGACCUCGCUCCGUUUCCCCGGACAGCUUAACGCAGACCUCCGCAAACUAGCUGUCAACAUGGUGCCCUUCCCCAGACUCCACUUCUUUAUGCCAGGGUUCGCCCCUUUGACGGCGAGAGGCAGCCAGCAGUAUAGGGCGCUCACUGUUCCUGAGCUCACUCAGCAGAUGUUUGAUGCCAGGAACAUGAUGGCGGCCUGCGACCCCCGCCAUGGGCGCUACCUGACUGUCGCCACAGUCUUCCGUGGGCCCAUGUCCAUGAAGGAGGUGGACGAGCAGAUGCUGAACAUCCAGAACAAGAACAGCAGCUACUUCGUGGAGUGGAUCCCCAACAACGUAAAGGUGGCCGUCUGCGACAUCGCCCCCCGCGGGCUAAAGAUGGCCGCCACCUUCAUCGGCAACAGCACAGCCAUUCAGGAGCUGUUCAAGCGGAUCUCGGAGCAGUUCUCGGCCAUGUUCAGACGGAAGGCUUUCCUGCACUGGUUUACCGGCGAGGGAAUGGACGAGAUGGAGUUCACGGAGGCGGAGAGCAACAUGAACGAUCUGGUGUCGGAGUACCAGCAAUACCAGGAGGCCACAGCCAACGACAGCGAGGAGAACUUUGAGGAUGAAGACGACGAGAUCAAUGAGUAAGGAGAGCGAACACACCUGGUAAAGAACACUGGUUAACAUGGGAAGUCAGAAUAAUACAGUUUAGUUAAUCUAACAGCGAAUAGGAGUCACUUCGACUUAGUAACUGUCAGCUGUCAAAAAUCAACUUAAAAUAAAAACUUUGGAGAGGUUUUUAAUUAUUAAUUAUUUAAGAUUUGCGCUUUAAAAGGAAUAAAAUAUUUUUAUUAUUAAAGCAUCUAAUAGAUGUUGAAAAGUUAACAAAAUGAUGAUUAUAAUUAACCAAGUUCUUCAAAUCCAAACAUGUACUCAAAACUCAUGACACUUUCUUUUCCUGAGCCUCAUCAAACCUCAUCAUACCGAUCACAUGGAUGUUAGAAAUGUAAAGAUAAGUUAUGAUACUGUGGUUUGAAUAAAGUGGUAACCAUUAAAUUUAAAGCUAAGCUGCACACUCAACACAUUUGUUGCCUUUUGACCUGCAGAGAUCUGCCCUGAUCACAUUUAUAAAUGUUGUUUCAGGCAUUUAAACGCCUACAAUAAAGGUUGGUUUUGAAGCUAAAAUUUUGGUUAACAGACCAUCUCGAGUGUGCGCUGAACUUGCAGCAACAAACGUUGUGUUGCAUAGUUGUCUGAAGAAGCUUGCGUUACUGCCCCCUGCAGGACUAAGUGUGGAAGUGAUGCUGUGAUCUGAUGGUGUCUGUUUGCUACAGGCUGACUGGUUCCAGUGGUACCCUAACAGAACCAGUUCCCAAAAUAGGUCCCAGACAUGUUCGUUGUUCCUCAUUUAACUCCUUAUUGGCACUUUUUGUAUGUGUUUGUGUUAUGAUUUUUGUACAUCUUUACAAGCUGAGAGGUUAAAAUAAAAACUUUGUUCAAGGC